AUGAGCGACAAGGGGGAGCUGGACCUGGCCGGGGCCAAGCAGAACACGGGCAUGUGGCUCGUCAAGUUGGUCUACUGUUUAAAGGAUGGACCCAAACAAGCUAAAAGGGAAUCUUGGAUGACGGAUCUACCACCAGAACUCAAAAGCUUUGGACUCGGUCCACGGACAUUCAAAAGAAGAGCUGAUGACAAAUCGGGAGAUAGAUCCAUUUGGACUGAUACCCCAGCCGACAGAGAAAAGAAAGCCCAGGAAGCGCCAGAUGCGAAAAAGUCCAUCAGUAAGGAUGAUGCAGAAGUUCUCCUGUCGGAGAAAGACAAAAGACUGGUUGAGCAGUUGUCUUCAUACAAUGACUCUCAGAGAUCUGAAUCUCUUAUGGAUUUGCAUCAGAAAAAGCUGAAGAGCAAAGCUUCCGAGGAGAAGAAGCCGCAGGAGAGGCGACCAUUUGACCGUGACCAAGAUCUCCAGGUCCAUCGCUUUGAUGAAGCACAAAAAAGAGCUCUCCUAAAGAAAUCUAGAGACUUGGGCACUAGGUUUUCCCAUGGCAAAUGCAAUAUGUUUCUGUAAUGUAAGCAGGCAAGGCUAGUGAAGGUAUAGUUGUGUGCUAUUUAAAAACAUCAUGUAGUAGUACUAUAUAAUAAAACAUCUUUUUUGUAUAUACAAUAAAUGUAUAAAAAGCUUUUAAAAAAUAGGUCAGAGUUUUAUAGCUUGUUCAGGACCCCUUGGGGUUUUUUCCAAAACGUUAUUGAAAUUAAUAGGCCUAUUAUGAUCAAUCAAGUUUUAAAUAGUCAUAUGCACUCCCCUGUGUGGAUUUCGAGGAAAGUAAUUGGCUCAGAUUCCUCAUUUGUUUACGGAGCCAUUCAGAUUUAAUUGACAGAAAUACGUCAUAUUUCAGAAUUUGAAGUUUGGGCCUGAUAAUGAGAAAUGGAAAUGGGCAGAUAAUGUGAAUAUUGCCAUAAUUACUUACGUGUAUAUUUGACAGGUGGGUAAGUAAAGCAUUCUGUCUUUCUAUACCCCAAAA